AUGAGCUUUCGCGAAUCGAAUCUCAGCCGGGCGGCGCGCUACGCCGUUCCGUUCGCCCUCGUUCUGAUUCCCGUCUGGAGAACACAGGUCAAUACUAAGGUGCCCGAGCCGUAUCUCGAUGAAGUCUUCCAUGUUCCCCAGGCGCAGGCAUACUGGGCGCACAAUUGGACGCACUGGGAUCCGAAAAUUACGACCCCGCCGGGUCUGUAUAUCUGGUCCUAUAUCCUCUGCGCCGUCAUGCUCGCUCUCCGCGGUUCUCCGAAACAGCUCGACGCCGCUGCUCUACGAACGACCAAUGUCGCUGCGACUUCAGUCUGCCUUCCCUGGCGUCUUCAAACUCUCCUGGAUACCAUUCAGAGAGUGCAGAAUACUCGGCCCAUGGGUGCAUGGCUCAGUCACACGGUCUUGAACAUCUGCCUGUUCCCGCCGCUGUUCUUCUUCUCCGGGCUCUACUACACCGAUAUUCUUGCUUUGUUGGCCGUGGUUGAGGCCUAUAACUGGGACCUCAAGCGGGUCAAUGGAGGAAAAUAUGGUCCAGUUUAUGCGUUGGGCUUUCUGGUGUUUGCUUUGGCGGCACUGGGUUGUCGGCAGACAAAUAUCUUUUGGGUGGCGGUGUUCUUGGGUGGAAUGCAGCUUGUCCGAACAGUUCGUUCAUCUCGCAAGGCAACCCGGUCGACUGAUAUCUGGUCAAUUGCCAAAGGGGGCUUUGGUAACGAAAUAUACGACCCCUUCGUUGCCACAGCUUCAUUGGAAGAUUACUUCAAAACUGCUAUCUCCUUUGCGUGCGCGAGUCUCCGGAGCCCUUUUUCCAUCGUGGCCUCGAUCAUCCCCCAUAUCUUUAUCCUAGGAGCAUUCGGUGGAUUUGUGAUGUGGAAUGAAGGUGUCGUCCUGGGGCACAAGGAGUUCCAUACUGCGGGAGUACACCUAGCUCAGAUGCUCUACAUCUGGCCUUAUUUCUUCUUCUUCUCGUGGCCUCUGCUGAUCAUUCCCGUGCUGAACGUUGCACUCCCGAAAACCAUCCUGCCGAAGUACUUGGAUUACGGGUUUCAAGAGAAGCAAAAGGGGCUGCCAGGACUACUGGCUGUGUUGAUCGUGUUGCCCAUUAUGCUUGCUGUUGUUCACUUCAACACCAUCGUGCACCCGUUCACUUUGGCUGAUAACCGACACUAUGUCUUCUAUGUGUUCCGGCUUCUGCUCGGAGUACACCCUGCAGUAAAGUAUGCCGCAGUCGUAGUGUACUUUCUCUGUGGGUGGGCCGUCAUCUCAGCCUUUGGCUUCUCCAUCAUCAAAGCACCACCGCAACUCUUGCGUGUUCCUCCCUCCUCGUCUCGGGGAGCGCCUGCGGCCCAACCCGUCGCCCAGCCCGCCACCCCUGGGGAGCCUCAGGGCAAUCGCAAAGAGCGCCGAGCUAAAGCGAAGGAGAACAAGGCUUCAUCCAAGAAGGAUGCAACCAAGAAGGACGCCAUAACAAAGAAAAGCAAGCAGCCCCAGCCCGAUCCGAACUCUCCAGAGGCGAUUGCCACAAUCCAGGAGCAUCUCGUCCAGCGCCAACUUGAACAGUCUAGCGGCUCGCGAGUCAGCUUUGCUCUUGUAUGGAUCGCUGCUACCGCCCUGUCUCUUGUUACGGCUCCUCUUGUUGAGCCGCGAUACUUCAUUAUCCCUUGGGUGAUGUGGCGUCUGCACCUACCUCCCUCCCCUACAAUGGCCAUGUUCCGCAAGAAGCGGCCGGAGGAAGAGAGCGAGAAAGUCCGCUCAGAUGUCAUCACUAAUCUCCCCAAGUUCCUGGAGACUGUGUGGUUCAUCACCAUUAAUGUCGUGACAGGCUAUGUCUUCCUUCACAAGGGCUUCGAGUGGCCUCAGGAACCCGGCAAGACCCAGCGGUUCAUGUGGUGA